GCCUCAAGCCCAGUCACCAUGGCCAGAUGGUGAAACCUGAGCUCCAGGGGGGGAACUUCACCCUCCACAGGGGCCUGAUGGGCAGCACAGCUGGCCAAUCCUGGGGCUCAGAAGGUAGGCCUGCUGACUGACCACUAGGUAAGGGAACCCUAGGCAGCUGGUUCUAAAGAAGCCCCAGUUCAGUAGCCAGACAAGAGCGGUGAGGGUCAGACACAGCCACCCAUCGGACGAUCCACUUGCAGCCUCCCUGAGUCCCAGGCAAUAGAAGACAAGUGGCUCUACCCUUGGCCAAGGGUAGGUGUGGCACUGGUGUCUGCUGCGGCCGUGCCCUCAUUGGCCCGCAUGCAAUCAGACUCAACAGACAAGCAACUGCGAUCCAAGGCUCCCACCCCGGGGCUGUCCACCAGCAGCAUGAGGCGCCCUAACGUGCAGCUUUGGCUGGUGCUGCUGUGGGCACUGAUGUGGGCACAGGGGGCCGGGUCUGUGUGUCCCUCCUGUGGGGGCCCAGCUCUGGAAGAACGAGCUCUGCUCUUGGAGAUAGCUAAGCAGCAAAUCCUGGAGGGGCUGCACCUGACCAGCCGUCCCAGAAUAACUCAUCCUCCACCCCAGGCAGCACUGACCAGAGCCCUGCGGAGACUACAGCCAGGGGGCAUGGCUCCGGGGAAUGGGCAGGAGGUCAUCAGCUUUGCUACCAUCACAGGCUCCUCCACCUCAACCUGCAGUUCCAUGCUCACCUUCCACCUGUCCGUUCCUCAGUCCUACCACCUACACCAUGCCCGCCUCUGGCUGCACGUGCCUGCUACACUGCCGGGCGCUCUUUACAUGAGGAUCUUCCAAUGGGGCCCAAGGAGGAGGCACGGCAGAUCCCACACCCUCCUAGCUGAGCACCAAAUGACAACCCCGGGCUGGCAUGCCCUGACUCUGCCCUCUAGUGGCCUGAAGGCUGAGGAGUCUGGUGUCCUGAAGCUCCAGCUGGACUGCAGGCUUCUAGACGGCAACAGCACAGCUGCUGGACAACCAAGGCAGCUCCUGGACACAGCAGCACACCAGCGGCCCUUCCUGGAACUUAAGAUCCGGGCCAAUGGGCCGGGAACAGGCCGGACCAAGAGGAGGACCCCCACCUGUGAGCCUGAGACGCCCCUAUGUUGUAGGCGAGACCGUUAUGUCGACUUCCAGGAACUGGGAUGGCGGGACUGGAUCCUGCAGCCUGAGGGCUAUCAGCUGAAUUACUGCAGUGGGCAGUGCCCCCCACACCUGGCUGGCAGCCCAGGUAUUGCUGCUUCCUUCCACUCUGCUGUCUUCAACCUCCUCAAAGCCAACAAUCCUUGGCCUGCAGGUACUUCCUGCUGUGUCCCUACUGCCCGAAGACCUCUCUCUCUCCUCUACCUUGACCAAAAUGGCAAUGUGGUCAAGACGGAUGUGCCAGAUAUGGUGGUGGAGGCCUGCGGCUGCAGCUAGCAGGAGGACCUGGGCAGAUGGAGUGAAGAGUUCAAGUUGGGGGCCCCAAGAUGAAGGGCAUCUAUGGCUGGAGGCACAGAUUCCUGAUUUACACCCCACCCGACAGGCCACCUGGCAAUAUGACUGGGACCCAUGCAGGCACUUUCUUGUCCCAGGUUCUGGUCUAUUCCAGGCUGGUUCAUGUGUGCAGGAGGUGGGUAAGGUGUUUCCUGUAAAGGGGUCUGUGCAGAAAGCAUGAUUCCCGACCCUCCGCUCUGUAAAGAUGACAGGGGCUAGGGAGGGAGGAGGGAGGGAAGGAGAAGACAGAGAAAAUGCACUUGGUCUUUCUCAAGAAGAGAAAGUCCUCUAGCGAGGGAGAGAGGAAGCCACAGAGGACCCGGCAGGAUUGGGCAUCGCAGACAGGCUGCUCCAGGCUGGGGAGGUCGGACGGCUUUCAGGAGGGUCCAAAGGGAGAUGGGCAAGUCUUGAGGGAGGGUGUUGAGGACAGCCUCAGAAAUGGGAGUCAGGAAAGAGGGGUGCUGAGCCUCAGAAAUUCUCUGGUUUUCCCUGGGGGACAGGAUGUGCUGGGGAGACAAACAUUUAUACUUUCCUAAUAAAACUGAGAGAGAAAAUCAA